UGAAAUUCUUGAUCAAAUAAGCCCGUGUAAGUUUCAUUUAAAGAAUUUUAUUCGUUGAAAAGUUCUCUUAAUUGAUAUAAUAGUCUGAAAUGAAAUUAUUAAUUAUAGAAGCAUUUCUUGUUAUUUUAUGCUUCAUAAAAGUAGCAGAAAAUGUGACAGCGAUGGAAUCCUUAAAAAAUAGCUCUGAAAAUUUACUAAAAAAGCCUAUGGAUUUAGAACAUAGUGCUGUGCUGAAGUGGAAAAAAUUUGAUGCUAUUUUAAAAGACAUGUCAUCUUUGUCGGUGAAAAAACUUUUUCCAUAUUUACUCCGUGCUAAUGAAGGUGUUAAUUUGUCUACAAGUUGCUCGCGUAGUGUAUUUAAAUUCUUAACAGGUGUAAAGCAAAUGAAAUUGUGGGCAUUCAAAAUGUUAGACGCUUCGGGAAAGCUCCCCAAUGGUAUAUUGAGUGGAUCCAUCAAUUCACUGGGUGAAUAUGAUGAGUGUAUUGAUGUCAAUGUUACAGGACAUUUCCAAGGACAGUAUUGUACAGUCUAUGUCCAACCUCCGCUACCCGAAAGACUCCGUUUCGUUUCAGCAGAUUCAGAAAUCACAGAAUUCAUGAACAUCACUGAUCGAAAUACGGUUACGGGAGAGCUGUUACGCCGAGCAAGGUACUAUUAUCAUUUAAAAUUUCGUACGAGCGUGUGCGUUCCAUCAUCAUGCAGUCGAGAUGAGGUAGAGAAGAUUGCAAAUAAAGUGAUGGAAGCAAUUGGCGUUGAGUUUAAUAUUACCAUACCGAAUUGUGAAAUCAAGGAAAAACAAAUAGUUCUCAGCGUAAGCCAGAUUGUGGUUAUUGUAAUUUUAUCAGUUUUACUCCUUUUUGGAAUAAGUGCAACAGCAAUCGAUACCACGAUUAUUCUUCGGAAAAGCAAGGAUGCUGAAAAGAAACUAAGUUUCUUCUUAAAAUGCAUACAGUGCUUUUCUUUUUAUUCUAAUACUGUCCGUUUGCUUAAAAAAGAUGAUUCGCCAGAUACGAUUAAAAUAUUUCAUGGAAUGAAAGUCGUCACAUUACUGUGGGUUAUCUUGAAUCAUACCUACUACUAUAUCAAUUUUCAGGCAGGAAGUUCUCUUUUAGUUGCUAGAGAAAAGGGAAAAGAGAUUUUAUUUCAGUUUGUUAUCAAUGGAUUUUUAAAUGUGGAGACAUUUUUCUUUAUUAGCUCUGUACUAGUUGCUUAUGGAGUUAAGAAAAUGAAGGCAAGGACCCUUAAUGUGCCACUUUUCAUAAUUAGAAGAUUCUGGCGGCUGUCUCCUUCAUUCAUGCUGGUUAUUGUCAGUGUGCAGCUGAUGCCUCUUCUCGGAUCAGGACCAGUCUGGAAAGAGACUGUUGUUCAAGGUUUGACUGAAAAAUGUCAAAAUUAUUGGUGGGCCAAUUUUCUGUACAUAAAUAACUUCAUUCCCAGCGCAAAGGCGUGUCUACCGUGGCAUUGGUAUAUCCCAGUUGACACGCACCUGUAUAUGUUAAGCUUAGUUGUUCUUAUUCCUCUUAAAAAACAUCCUCUGCUUGCUUUUGUGCUCAAUGGAGUGAUUCUUGUUUGCGGCAUAAUCAUUACAGCUGUUAAUAAUGUCUACUAUAGACUGCCUCCUACUGCGAUAUACGUUUACAAUCAUCCAGAGGACAUUGAUUAUUAUGUUGACAACGGAUACUUCCGGACGUAUCUACAUUGUUCUACAUACUGUGUAGGGCUAACAGUCGGCUACAUUAUUGCUUCAAAACCCGAACUUCGCAUUCCAAAGAUAAUUAAUUUAUGUGGAUGGAUUACAUCUUUUGUUCUUGCUUUAACUGUUCUAUACGGUGUCUAUGAAUGGAAUCAAGGCAAAGUUCCUAGUCUGUUGAUAUCUACCCUUUACACAUGUGCCAACAAGUUAAUUUGGUCUCUUGCUCUAGCUUGGGUGACAAUUUCGUGCAUGACAGGAAAUGGAGGUAUCGCGACUAAACUAUUGAGCUGGCAAGUAUUUGUUCCUUUGGGUCGGUUAACUUAUAUGACUUACCUAAUUCAUCCCCUUAUACAAUUUAUAUAUAUUGGUAGUUCAAGAACUUUAAUGAGAACUGAUCACAGAACUUUGAUUUACAUGUAUCUGGCUAACGUUGUGUUAGCUUUUAUGUGUGCCUAUGCAUUGAGCCUAGUGUUCGAAUCUCCCUUCAUGGCUAUUGAGAAACUAUUAUUUACACACAGAAGAAAUACAAAAUCAGAUGACCCAAUAGGAACACCACAGGCAAUGUCUGAAAAAAAUAUGGGUACUGCUGACUUUCAACAACGAGAGUCUUUUCCUAAGGAAAUAACGGAAACAGAAGCAAGAAUCCGUAGAUGAAAGAAUAGUCUAUUUUUAUAAUGUCAUCUGUGGAUAUAUUGAAUAUUAAUUGAAAUAUCACACUUUUUUUUGUAAAACUUUAGAGUGAAUAUUUUGUUAAACUUUAUUGUGAAUAUUAUGAUGAAUAUCAAAUACUUUUUAUUGCUUUACAUUUAUUAUCCUAUCGAAGAGUUAGGUGAGGGAAAAUGAAAGCCUAUGGACUAGUAAGUGUAAUUUAGAAUGGUUCAAGCGCGUGAAGCAUGAAUUAAAAUGUAUGUAAUCAAGAAUGAUGCAAAUCAUUAAUAUAUAAACUUUUGUAAAUUAAAAAAAAUAUUAAAGAUUGAGUACAUAUUUUAUUUUUAAAAAGGAUUAAUUUUAUUGCUAAUGUUUACUAGUAGUAGUAGUUAGAAAGCUGCAACAGCAGAUUCGUCCAACGUAUCUGGUAAUUUAACAGUUCCCAUUUUAAGAGUUGUUCUUCGCGGCAAAGUUUCUUUUACCUGGUAUAGUAGUUUAAAAUUUUAAGUAUAGAAAAAAGUAAGUUCUAGUAAACCUAGAGUAAAGCAUGAAGUUUCAAAUGAUGAAAGUAUAUUUUCAAAAUACCAAAAUGCAAACAAACUAGAUUACUCAGAAUUACGC